CCUCCGCCCGCCGGGGCGCCGCCGGCCCGGGCCACCGCUGCAAGUGACGGGCUGUCCCAGAGGGGAAAUGCAUCCUGAAUGGGGCUGAGGCCCCCUGCACGGGAAUAUGCAGCCUCGGCACCGCGGAGGCAGCACCAGGGCAGCGGCCGGCGCGCGGCGGAAUGGUGGCAACGUUCAAGAUCGCCGUGCUGGGAGCCCAGGGCGUGGGCAAGAGUGCCAUAGUCCGGCAGUUCCUCUACAACGAGUUCAGCGAGGUCUGCGUGCCCACCACGGCCCGCCGCGUCUACCUGCCUGCCGUGGUCAUGAACGGCCACGUCCACGACCUGCAGAUCAUGGACUUUCCCCCCAUCACCGCCUUCCCUGUCAACACCCUGCAGGAGUGGGCGGACGUGUGUUGCAGGGGGCUCCGGAGCGUCCAUGCCUACAUCCUGGUCUAUGACAUCUGUUGCUUUGACAGCUUCGAGUACAUCAAAACCAUCCGCCAGCAGAUCCUGGAAACAAGGGUCAUCGGCACCUCGGAGACGCCCAUCAUCAUCGUGGGCAACAAGCGGGACCUGCAGCGGGGCCGGGUGAUCCCGCGCUGGAACGUCUCCAACCUGGUGAAGAAGACGUGGAAGUGCGGCUACAUCGAGUGCUCGGCCAAGUACAACUGGCACAUCCUGCUGCUCUUCAGCGAGCUCCUCAAGAGCGUGGGCUGCGCCCGCUGCAAGCACGUCCACACCACCAUCCGCUUCCAGGGCGCCCUGCGCAGGAACCGCUGCACCAUCAUGUGAGCCCCCCCUGCCCCGGUGGACCCCCCUUCCUCGGGCACCGCGGCUCCCCAGCGAGCACUGGAGUCUCUGCUCUCCGUGGGGGUGAUGCUGUGGUGGGAGCUGUGCUGGAGGCACCUCAGGGUUGGCUUCCCACUGGCGCUGGCUCCCUGCGGUGACAUUUGGGGACAGCGCACCUUGGGCAGGGUGAUGUGGUGGCCAGUGGCAGGUUGGAGCAGUUGGCUGCCUGGAGGUAGUGAUGGGUGAGGGAGGUCCUUGACUAAGCCCCCAGGCCCUCUCUGAGCCUCAGCUUGAGGCCAAAGCCGUCCCGGGGGGGUGUACAUGGCACCGGAGGGUGGAGGAGAUGCUUCAGAGGGUGCCCAAAUUUUGGCUGUCAGGUCCAUCCUUGCCAGUUCCUUCUCUGGCAGCACAGGGGCAAUGCUUGCUGCUGCCUGCCAUCCCCUGCCCCUGGAAGGGAAUGAUCCAGCACCUCUAUCCUGAUGUGCUGGGGCUGGUUCCAUCGCUGGGGCACAGGGAGACAGGAGUCCUGUUUUCCUCCCUGCAGAGCUGGGGUUUCUCCCCUUGGAGGACAGAGCAGCCUCCAGCAAGAGGCCAGGUUACACGGGAUCUCUUUUGGCUCAGUUGGGUCAGAUUUCCAGGUGGAAUUUCCGGAGGAAAGCAAGAAAGGAGGAAAAAAAUAAUAAUAAAGCCCCCAUCCUGCCCCUUACAUCCCCCAGGGUGCCGGGAGCUGCCUCCCCAGGGCUCUCAGUCCUCCUCUGCCCCAGCCCAGCCCAGGAAGGCUCCUCCUCCCGGCCAGCCCGUCGAACACCAAAUAAUCUCGGAACGCUCCUUACCGGGCAGGUCACCCCUCCGCUACCUCGCGUCCCGUGCUCAGCCAGCGGCCGGCUUUGCACGGCUUCCACCCAAGCCCCCGGUGUCUCCCGGGCGGGUGGGCAGCCCCCUGUGCCGCCGCACCCACCGGCGGUGCCGCGAGCUCCCACCCGCGCCGGGUUUUCCCGUGGUGAUCCUGCCUCCAUCCCGGUGAGACGCGGCCCUGGGAAGGCAGCCUCCGAAGCAAUAGGGAGCUGGAGUUGCAUUUGUGGUUGCAUUCCUACUUGUUUGUUUUUCUUUUUUUUUCUCUCUGCGUAUCCCUAUCAGGGAAGUGAGCCUCUCUCAUUUAAUUUUUUUAUUAUUUUUUUUAGUCUUUCAGCACGUUUUUUUUCCCCAGACUUGCAGCUCGCCUGCGUCCUGUCCUGCAGGGCCAGGUGGCAAAGGGCAGCCCCUGUUAGGAAACGGUGGGUGGGGCAGUGAGAGCUGAGCAAGGGGCCGUGGUUUCUCCUUGGCUGCCCCCUGUGAGGCACGGGGAAAUACCAUCCUCACCUCCUGAGGCAGGAUCUGUGGCUGGUCCAUCCUCCAGCAAAACCACCCUGGUGUAACAGGGAGGUGCAGGUAUUCAAGGUAUUCAGUGCUGCUCCGGGCAGUAAAGCAGAAGGACACCAGCCCCUCUUCCCCCCACAGCCAGGUGUCCAUCGCCCAGCAGCAUCACCGUGCUCUUGGAAACACUUCCUAUGAAAGGCAGGUCCAGCUGAGCUCCAACACUGUGCAUUCCACCACCCCCCCCCUGCUCCAGGGCCGGGGGGGGGGGGUGUCACCCUACUCCCUCCCUGCUUGGGGAACCAAACCCCUUGAUCGAAAAAAAUAAGAAAAAAAAAAAAAUAAAGAAGAAAAUUAAGGGUUAAAAAAGAGACAAGGCAAUGGGAGGACACGAUUCCAUCUCAGCCAGGAAGGGCAGUGGCACUUGUCACCAUCCCUUGCCUUCAUGGCAAACCCAGCUUCCCCAUCCGACCUCAUCCCGUCAGGAUUUAUGAACGUGUGCAAGUCCACUUGUAGACCUCUGGCUAGCUUUAUCCCUCCAAAUUGUCUGAGAAGGAAAUUCCUUGGUAAAUGCUAAUAAUAAAGCAUUUAUAAAGUGCUCCGACGUACACAUAUCAACGACUAAGCCAAUACAUUGUUUGUUACGACCCUGUAGCCUGCAGUUUAUAGCACAAUUAGUUACAGGUUUUUAUAGCAUCUCUUUAGUAUUUUGAAAAAAAAACCACAAAAAAAAGGUUAUAAAUAUAAUUGUUAUAUUCUAUUGUACUUUAUAGACAGAGGAAGUUAUAUUAGUAAUAAUAACUCUCACUGCUUCGUCAGCAUUUCCCAGCUCCCAAGAAAACGAGGGCUACAAAGAGCCGCUUUCCCAAAAGGCCAGGAGGGGGUAGGUGGUGGUAUCCUGGGUGGUGGUACCCCGGGUGCAGGCAGGGACUCUGAGGCAGGACGUGUCCAGGCACGCAGGAAUCGGAGCACUCAGCAGCACAGCAGCAGUGACAAGCACCUCGUGCCUCACCCCUACUCACACCUGUAGUACAAAGUGUUCCCACUUCCCCAACACCACCCUGGUCCUGCUGGAAACAACCUGCUCCUGGGCCUGGGAGAGGCUGGGAUGUCUCCGCCGCUGUCGCCAGGACAGUGCUGUGUUUCUGCCCCCGUGCGUGUGGAGGUGAUGCCUGGGUUUGGCUCAGCCCCACCAAGGAUGCUUCCCUUUCCUCCUCCUCCUCCUGCCCCGGUGAGCAUCCCAGUUGCCUGGACUUGGCUUUCCUUUCCCUCCUGGACUUCUUGUCGGAGAUUCCCAAGGUGUCUACACCGCCUAUAACUCCCUGCACCCCCUUCUUUGAAAUCGAAUUAAAAAUCAGGUCUGUCCCCCCUUGUUCUGUA